UCAAAGGAUUUUCCACUUCAAUUUGCAUAUAGAUAUAUAAAAAGCUGAGAACAAGUAAAAUGAGUGAAAUUGUCUCAAAGUGUGAAGAGUGCAGUAAGCAUAUAGGUAGAAAUGAAAGUUUUGUUGUAUGUCAAGCUUUCUGCCGAAAUGUUUAUUGCCAAAAAUGCACUGAAUUGAGUAAAUAUGAAAUGGGUUUGCUUAAUAACAAAAACAUUUUAUUUGUGUGUGACAAUUGUCAACCAUAUAUAAAAAGUGUAAUCGAUAAAAUGGAUAAUAUGCUCAAAGUGGUUAAUGAAAAUAAAAUGGCGUUAAUAAAGCAAGAAGAGGAGAUAAAAACAAUAAUUAAACAUGUUAAAAAUCUGAGUGAAAAAGAGACAAACGUUUUAGAAAAGAAAAAGACAAACAGUGAUAUGAUUAAAAAUGUACCGCCGGUUAUUGUGAAACCAAAAGACAAUGUGGAACAAAACAGUGAAAAAACUAAAGAAAUUAUAAAAGAAAGCAUUGAUCCAGCUGAUCUUGCAUUGCAGAUUAGUGGGGUAUCGAAGAGUGGAAACGGAUCAGUGGUGAUAAAAUGUGGAAAUGAAGAGUCUACUAAAAAGAUUGAGUCACAAUUGAAAGAAAAAUUAGGAGAAAAAUAUAAUAUUAACAUUCCUUCUUUAGUGGCACCAAAAAUAGUAAUUAUUGGAAUUGAUAAAGAAGUCAGUGAAAAUAAUUUGUUAGAAGUGGUAAAAAAACAAAAUAAAAUUGAAGGUUCAAUGAAAGUUGUUAAGUGCUACGAGAGAUAUCAACAUAAAAUGCAAUAUAAUGCAAUAAUUGAAACAGAUAGCAAAUUAUUUAGAAACAUUUUAGAAGUGGAUAAGCCAAGUUUAAAUGUAGGUUGGAAUAAGUGUGCAGUUUAUGAUAAAAUAAGUGUAAAAAGAUGUUACAAAUGCUGGGGAUACAAUCAUAUGGCAAAAGAUUGCACAAAAAACAUAUGUUGCCCAAAGUGUAGUGGAGAACACAAACUAGAAGAAUGCAAUAGUGAAAUCCUAAAAUGUAAAAAUUGUGUAAUGACGAUAGAAAAUUUGGGUAUGGAGAUAAAUCCAAACCAUGAUGCUCGUGAUGGGAAUUGUCCAGUAUACUUAAGAAGGAUGAAUCAAGAACGUACUAAAUUUGCAUACUAGCAAUCAAAAUCGUAUUUUGAAAGCAUACUUUUGAAUAUUCAAGGAUUAAUAAAUAACUUUACUGGAAUUAAACAUUUAAUAAGUGAAAAAGAAUAUGAUGUUAUUAUUUUAACUGAAACUCAUUUAGGUAACUGGAUACAAGACAGUGAAGUGAAUAUAGUGCACUAUAAUAUGAUAAAAUGUGAAAGUACAUCAUCUCAUACGGGAGGAAUAGUAAUAUAUUUAAAAGACUGUUACGAAUUUAA